CUCGCCGGAAGGCGGGCGGGGGAGGGCGGGCGCUGCGCCUGUGCCACAGCGAGCCCGUGCCGCUGGCCCGGGGCUCCGAGCGGGGUGGCUUUGGCCAGCUCCUUCCUUCCUGCAGCCCGCACCGGGAACGGGAGGUUUGGCUCUCGGCGUCCUGAUGAACCCAGCUAGGGGAGCACGCUGCCGCCUCAGAAAGUUGGAGGAGAAGGAGGCGGUCUGCCCAGCGAUGUAGCCCUGAGCGUGGAACGGCAGCCCUGGAAGGCAGCUCAGUCCUCACCGCCCUGAUCCCGGAGCAUGGGCUAAAAACUAUGUUCCUCUCUCGUAUGGAAAGCCACUGUUUCCUGCUGUUCGUGUUUGUCUUCCAAGCGAUAUUUAUCCUGAUCCUCUACGGAGGCGGACCGUCGCGGGUGUUCCGCGGGAUUUUGGAGCCGCCUGGGGCGGGGGAUUACUCGAAGCCGCACGACGUGUACACGAACCUCAGCCUGUUCACCCGCGCCCCCCGCCAGGACGCCGCGCCCUACUGCUCGGCGCAGUCCCCGCUCCUGGUUGGUCCAUUAACCAUCACCUUCAGGGUGCUCCCCAGUGAAAGGAUGAUCAUGAAAAGAAAUCCUUUUGUUCAGUCUGGUGGCCACUACAAGCCACCUCACUGCUUUGCCCGCUACAAAUCCGCCAUCCUUGUGCCCUACAGGAACCAGGAGAAGCACCUUCGCCAUCUUCUCUACUACAUCCAUCCCUUCUUGCAGCGCCAGCAGCUCAGUUACACUAUCUACCUGAUUCAGCAGGUAGGGACCGGUUCAUUUAACCGAGCAAAGCUGCUUAAUGUUGGUGUCCGGGAAGCCAUGAAGGAUGAAGAGUGGGACUGCCUUGUCCUGCAUGAUAUUGACCUGGUGCCUGAGAAUGAUUAUAACCUGUACAUUUGUGAUGAAUAUUAUCCCAAGCACAUGGCCAGUGCCAUGGAUAAGUUUCAGUACACUCUGCCAUACAAGUCCUUUUUUGGGGGCGUGUCUGCUGUGACUCCAGAACAUUACAUGAAAAUGAAUGGGUUUCCCAACACAUACUGGGGUGAUGGUGGUGAAAAUGAUGACAUUGCUACAAGGAUUCACUUGGCAGGAAUGAAAAUAGUCCGGACAUCACCUCACCUUGGACGCUACCGAGUGAUGGACUACAACGAAGAGAGAGAGAUCCAAGAGCCUUGGAGGAGGCCUCCUUCCCAACACAACACCAGAAAAACAUGGAAAGCUGAUGGAAUGAAUACAUUACAGUUCAGGCUCAUUUCCAGGAUUAAGCAUCCUCUUUAUACCAAGAUCACUGUGGACAUUGGAUAUGUUCCUCCAUUUUCUUAAGAGGCUGAAAACAAAAGCAGAGGCUGGCUGCCACAUGAGCAUUCAGCCAAUCCUUCCUUUUCCUGUGGUGUCUGCCCCACCUGAGAUUAACCCUUUUGCCUUUCACUUUUCUUCAAACUGUUCCAGAUUUAGAAGAGGCUCUAGGAACAGGGUAUGAUGGCUACUAAACAGUCUGUGGCUUACUGUAAAAAUUGUCCAAGUCACUGUAAAAUGGACUCCUGAGCCAUACCUCUGUGACAGUAAGCCAAUCCAAGCUUUCUGGAACCUUUGUUCAGUAGCUGGAUAGCUCUGUCCUGCUUUGUACUUAAGUGUUAAUUGGGAUGCAAGCCAUUCUGUCAGAGUGGCCUCUGACGUGUUGUAUUUUGAGAAGGUGUUAAAGCCAUUUACGGUUCUAUAAAUAUCUUUUGUGAAUUUGAGUAAAAUACAUGGAGUUAUGUGUUUGGCGUAAGAGUUUUAUAGAAUACUGAGUAAGAAUGUAAUAAAAGAGAAAGUUGCCCUGAAACCAGACAAACCAGAGUUUAAAUCCCUGAUUUUUUUUUCUGACUCAAACUGCCACUGUUGAAAUUAUUUUAUUGUAGCUGCAAGUAAUGCAGACUGAGUGGGACCUAAGACUGUCACCUAGUCUGACCUCCUGCUCAGAGCAGGGAAAUGAAUCUACUACUACAGCUGUUGCUCAGACAUUAAGUAUCAUUUAAGGCUGAGCUGCCUUCAAUAUAUAAUACUUCUGAGAAAUUAAAUACUAGUUUUUCCUUGAAGUCAAAACAUGUCAACAGUGGAGCUGUGACCCUGACAGGACCCUGGCACUUGUAAUUACCAACUGUGAGACUGACACAGUCAGCCCAAACCCUUGCCCUUGCUGUAAACUUACUUUCUCUGCCAACUCAAUCUAUAGCACUGUCUGCCAGGUGCAGUUAUUUUUGAGAGUGUGACACAGGGUAUUUUGGCUUGUUACUCUGAUAUACAAAAACUCCAUCAUUGAAAAGCUGCAUCUAUGCCACUAUAAUUACAAAUGUUUAGUUUCAGUCUCAUCCACAACUGGAAUAAUGUCCUAAAAUAAACUCUGCCAAGCCUGGCUUCACAUCAACAUGUAAAGACAGUUAAAUACAAUGCAGUAAAUGCAGUGCUCUGCUCAAGACUUCUGCACAAAUGCAGCAGCACAGUGGAACAGCUGGUUAUCCACAGCCUUUCACCUGUUUCUUAAGCAAGACUCACAGAUGAUAAUGACCUGGGUAUGUAUACAAGUACACACUCUGCCAACAGUGUGGCCCAAAGCAUUAAAGUAUAUGGAGUGGAAUUUCUCCCCCUCCAACACAGCUGGCCACUGCCUUUCCUUCAGGGAGUAACAGGCAGCCUGCUGCAGAAUGAGAUUGAUCACUGCCACAGGACAUGGCAGCAGUCCCUCAGCAGGGGACACUGUGGUGCAAAGGAUGAGACACUCUGGAGUUCAGUGGACUGCGUUUAUUGAGAAAUUUGUAACAUCUCCUUACCCAUUACCAUUACUGCCCUUCCCUCACACAUGAGCAGUUUUUCCUUAGGCCAGAAAAAAUUAACUCUUCUCAUCAAGUUUGUAGCUCUUGAAGACUUAUUGUGCUUUUAAUGAGACCACAAGUAACUUUAGAAAGAGUUGCAAAACCAAGUAUUUUUUCAGGGAUUUGGUUCAAGUCCUUGGACCAGCCCAAACAAGGACACAUUUUCUAAUGUCCCAGUAAAAAGUGCAUAGAAGAACAUGAGGACCCGUCCCUUGGGUAAGUCUGUAACUCCUCAGAAAAGGAGGACUUGGUUAAGUCGUCACAAAAGGAAACUCUCAACCGCCCAAUGAGAUGCUGUGAAGGAACACUUUACUUGCUCCUGUGCUACUGAAGGACUCUUCCAAGCAGCUGCUGGAAGUCAUCUGCUCUAACAGCAGCCACAAAGGAGAUCUAUUGCCAUUCCUGUAACUUGGGAGGUGCUGGCCCCUAUGAGACCUUGGGCUGCAUGCUGAAGUCCACUGUGAUGUUGACAUACAGUGGGUUGUGUUCCACGGAGAGCAGUUUAUAGGAGCAGGAAUUCAGCCCGUCUGUCUUCCAUGUUCUAGAGACCUGACGGAGAAGCUUCAUCCUGAGGACAAAGAGGAGAAAAAUCUUCACUGACGUGCACAGGAGUUUUGAGCUCUUUCCCAAUGGUAGUAAAUUUGGAAGCAAAGCUACUGCUAUUUUUUAUCUACUGGAAAUAUAAAGUCCUGUUCCUGUUUCCAGCACAAUCAUAUAUGGGGAGAAAAAUCCUUCGGCUCAGUCUCUGAAAUCAUGCUUAAAUGAUACCUAUGUAUGUGUAAUUUUGGAAGUUUCUAGGGAACACCACCCAGUCAGUUCUAAGAUCUCAUGUUGAGAAAACAGCUACCAGCUGUGAACAACGUUGUCACGGGGUGGAUGUCCCCCAGAGCCUCUGGGUACCACAAAAAGCCUGUUUGGCCUGGAGCAAAGAACUUGUCCCCCAGGUGCCUGGCUCAGCCACAGACCAUGACAGAACAAACCUGUUCUUGACCCACCUCUCUCGAUUCUCCUCGUUACCGUGGUCACGGUUGUGGAAGAUCAUCGUGUACCUGGCCACAUCAGCAGGUGGCCUCACCACUUUCAUCUUCUGCAUCUCAACCCUGCAAGAAGGAGUAAGAAGUGUUGUGAGGAAGCAACACCUAUAAACCAGCUGUUAAUGA